AUGGUAUGGGCGUAUGGGCUGGGCGCGAUGUACUCGUACACAAAGCCCGAGGGCAGUGGUCAGCAACCCGGUGGCGGCAUCGUGAGCGCAAAGUACCGCAGAUCGUGCCAUGAGUGGGACCGCUUAGCGAUUCCGCGAGGCGGGCAGCGGCGGGAGUCGUCCGUAUGCAAACGAGCCCCGCCCCGCGCCGACUGCCCCCCCGCCCCGCGCCGCCCGCGAGCCCGCACCGCUCCGCGCCGCAGCAUCGCGUCACGCGACGUAAAAAAUCUCAGCUCGCGAGCGGAAGGUGGGCCGGAAAAGAAUCGGGCAUGGGGCACGCUUAUUGUUUGCAUCGCGCACGAGCUGCGCGGGACUUUUGGGCAAGAAUUGGAUUUGCGCGCCGUGUGCUCCGGACAAACAAACGGCGGCCGAGCGGGUCCGGCCUGUUUGCCUGCCGGUGCGCUGCUGCCUCGCAGCGUCGCCUUGUACGCGUCGCUCGCCUCCUGCUCUACCUACCUUCAUAAAUUCAUGAGCAAACUACGCCGCCCCGGGCCAGCUCCGCUGAUCAAACACAGGACGGAAUUAAUACCGUCGCUGAAAGGGAACCGCCGAACUCUACAUACCACGCGCUCCUCCAUGGGGGCUGUCGGUAAU